UGGGCAAUGGCCUCGCGCCUUCUCGCUCCCCGCACCCUAUCCUCUCCUCUCAGCUCCCUUCCCGGCUGCGAGCAAUGCUCCUACCUGGCUACCUCCAUGCCGCGCGCGGUUCGGUGAACGGGACGCCAUGACCGCAACGCCGGCGGUGAUCGGGCUGAGCGCCGGCAACCGCCUCCUGGCCACCUCAUUCGGUUCCGCCGAGCUCGCUUCCCCGGACGCGUACCCGUCGCGGCAGUUCGCCGCUGCGGCGCCCAAGCUCACCGUCGUGGCGCACCGCGCCUCCGCCUCCGCCUCCUCCCCGGCCAACAUCGGGGGCGCCGGCCACGCGCGCGCGCACGCCAUCCGGGCGCUCAGGAACCACUCCGCGCCGGCGCUGGCCCCGCCUCCUCCGGCUGACCCGGCUCCGGAGCUGGACUCCAAGUUCGAGUUCGAGUCCUCGCUGGAGGCCAUCGUGCUGCUGCAGCGCUCCAUGCUCGAGAAGCAGUGGGAGCUGCCCUUCGAGGACGACAUCUCCUCCACGGAGGACGAGGACGAGGACGAGAGGUCCACGGUGGUGGUGGCGCGGUCGGGCGUCUCGGCGCGGCAGCGGCGGAUGAGCGGGCGGCGGCGGGGCGCUGUCGUUGGCCGGAAGAGCGUCACCGUCAGCCCGGAGCUGAUGCAGAGCCGGAACCGCAUCUACCUCCGGGGCACCGUCAGCAAGGACCUCCUCACGCACAAGCAGGUCGUCCAGCUCUCCAGGAAGAUCAAGGACGGCAUCUGGCUUCAGCACCAAAGAUCCAAGCUGAAGGAGAAACUGGGCAACGAGCCGUCAUACAAGCAGCUGGCGCAAUCGCUGCGGAUACCAGCUCCUGAGCUGCGAGCGAGGAUGCGCGAGUCGUUUCUUGCGAGGGAGAUGCUGGCGAUGAGCAACACCCGUCUGGUGAUAUCCAUUGCCCAGAAGUACGACAACCUCGGCGUCGAGCUGCCAGACCUUAUUCAGGGUGGUCUGAUAGGGCUGCUCCGUGGGAUCGAGAAGUUUGAUGCCUCAAGGGGGUUUAGGAUCUCCACCUACGUGUAUUGGUGGAUCCGUCAGGGGGUUUCAAGAGCAUUGGCCGACAACUCGAGAUCGUUCAGGCUCCCUACUUAUUUGCACGAGAGGUUGGUAGCCAUUCGCGGCGCAAAGUACGCGUUAGAAGACCAAGGAAUUGCUCCGACAGUAGAGAACAUAGCGGAGUCGCUCAACAUAUCCGAGAAGAAAGUGCACAACGCUACAGAGGCUGUGCACAAGGUUAUUUCACUGGAUCAACAGGCGUUCCCCUCCUUAAACGGCCUACCUGGGGAUACACUCCAUAGUUACAUAGAGGAUCAAAACGUUGCAAAUGAUCCGUGGCACGGAUUUGAGGAAAGGUACCUCAAGGAGGAAGUUAACAGUCUUAUAAAUUCAACUCUCAACGAGCGCGAGAGGGACAUUAUUCGAUUAUAUCAUGGCAUAGGAAAGCAGUGCCAUACAUGGGAGGAUAUCAGCAGACAAUUCGGGUUGUCGAGGGAGCGCGUGAGGCAGGUAGGGCUCGUUGCGAUGGAGAAGCUGAAGCAUGCUGCAAGGAGGGAACAUUUGGAUGCGUUGCUUGAGGAAUACUGAGUGAGAUGUUCUUCGCUUGAGUCGGUUAAUUCCACCGUUGCAGUGGUUGUAUAUACUCGGAAACAUAGGGGGGCAGGCACAUCAUCCUUGAAAGGCUUCACUGCCACUCACUCACUCUGCAGAUAACUAUACAUGUACAUCUGUGACGAUCAGUAGGCAUGCAUAGUUAAAGCAUCUGUGGCUGCAAAAUCGUCAAGGCGAUCCAACAAAAGGAGAACCUUUUUUUUGGUCUUGGAAGCUUUACAAAGUGUGAUGUGGUAUGUAUAUGCAAAUGUAAUGUAUCAGUAAUUCAGUAGAGCAAUAACGUUUAUGUCCUGGAUUUGUAUUCUUGUCCAGUUACAUAGAAGGAAAAAAUGCUUACAACUGCAGACAAUUUGCCUU